AGAGAGAGAGAGAGAGUCGACAGAUAGGCGGCCCACAAACUUCAUUUCGGACAUUAGAGCUUUAUCAGGACAGAGUGUGUGUGUUCGGAGCUUCUCUUUUACACCAUGAGAGACUCGACACACCACAGACACACUGUAAAAGGCUGAGGGCGGAAGUGAGAGGAGGGGGAAGUGGUGAGAAGGAGGAAGGAAAAAGAGGAUUAAUAAACCCUGAAAGAAGUCAUUUUCCCUCUGUCAAGUUGAAGUCCGGACCGCUGUGGAGGGAGGAGGGCUCCUGUGUGUUUCCAGGGGGGAAUGGACACCCACGUCAAGGAGGGACAGCUUUAUGUGCAGCAUCAGAAGUUUGGGAAGAAAUGGAAGAAGAACUGGUUCGUCCUCUACCCCGCCAGCCAGAACGGCAUCGCGCGCCUCGAGUUCUUCGACUCGCCGUCGGGCGGAGGCGGCGGUUCGGGCGGCGGCUCCGGAGGCGGGGCCAACGAGAAGACCAGGAAGCUGGACAAGAAGAUCAUCCGCCUGUCCGAGUGCAUCUCCAUCCUGCCCGCUCUCAUGGAGAGCUGCCCCAAAGACAACAUGGCGGCGUUUUGCGUGGAGACCAACGACAAGACGCACGUGUUCGCCGCAGAAAAGCAGGCCGCCAAGGAGUGGAUGGACACCAUGUGUGACAUUGCCUUUCAGGGAGGAGGCGGCAGCGCCGCGGACUCUAACGGCGGACCUCAGGACCUGCAGAUGUCUGAAAACCUCAUCUACUAUUCCAGAGAGGAGGUGAACGAGUUCUGGGUGAGCGUUCAGCGCACAGAGGCUUCAGACCGCUGCGGACUCGCAGGAAACUACUGGCUGAAAGCCGAACGAGACGUGUUGAUCUUAAGGGAGCCAAAGACGAAGAGGAACGUCCUGGUGUGGCCCUACAAGCUGCUGAGGAGAUACGGGAGAGACCGUAUGAUGUUUUCCUUCGAGGCGGGCCGGCGCUGCGACUCGGGCCCCGGGAACUUCACCUUCGAGAAGCAAGGCAACGAGAUCUUCUCGCUGGUGGACCAGGCCAUCCAGUCGCAGAAGGCCCUGGCCGAGGAGCAGCACGUCAGCAGCCCCAUGAGCCUGGACCCGGACUGCCCCACGCUGCAGCAGCACCGGACGGUCGGGGCCCCGGCGGCGGGCAGCGGCGGGGACAGCAGCAGCUGCAGCAGCCGGGAGGCGGACGGCGACUCGGGAGGAAGCAAACCGGGCUCGUCCGACGGCGUGCUGGGAAGGAGGGAGGGCGGGGAACGCGGGAAGGGACAAAUCGGCGGAACGGGACACAAGGGGAGGAGUUUACCGGAGCCUCCGGCGAUGCUGGGGGUAUGGGGACGAACAGGAAGGGCUUUGCCCAACGCCGACGAGCACAUAGGUCUUUAUUCGGAGCCGGCCGAUUCGGUGCGCCUCCCUCUGCACGGCGCCGACGGCCUCUACUCCGAUCCGGUGGACACUCUGAAGAGUCAGAACCGACCAACAGCGCUCCGGUGCCGACGCCCGCGCCUGCGGCCGGCCGGGGACGAUGUCCUCGGGAGACCACCUCCACGCCGCGGCAACCACAGGAAGCCGCCCGACCUGUACUCGCACGUGUACGACCAGAUCAGCCUGGAGCUGAGCCAGAAGACGAGCGCAGCUGGGUCUGAACGGGGCGGCGGCCGGAGGCGGCCGGGGCGCCAAGAGGAACAGGAAGCCCCCGGGAGGCCGGGCGGAGGGCCCCCGUCGCCGCCCGCCCUCUUACAGGAGCACAUUUACGACGAGCCGGAGGGCUGCGCCAAAGGGAGCGGCCGCGCGCCCGGCUUGGGCAUGAGCAUUUACGACGAGGCGCGCCCGGAGCCCCACGGCGGAGCCGAGGACGGCUACAGCACGCCGUCCCAGAGGCACUCGCCUCCGCAGCUGGGAAGGGGACGCGGCAUUCCGCAGCCGCCGGCGCCCAGGUGGCCCAAGCCCGUGGCCACCACCAGGGCGGGCAGGGGCAUCUUCACCCGGAAGGAGCCGGUGCCCCUCCCCCCCGGCAAGCACGGCGGCUCCAACAACAACCUGAACAAUAACAACAACGGCUGGGGCGGCGGCGGCGCCAAGGAUCUGUACAGCAAGGUGUCCAAAGAGAAGCGGUCGCCUCCGAAUCUGGCCCUGAGGUCGCCCGAUAUCAUUUAUGACAAUUUAGGAGACAUUUGACGUUGCGCUUUGUUUAUUUGGAUCAAUUCCCAAAAUCACAGACACGAGGUGAAGAGAAUCGACGGCGGACGAUUCGACAGGAAAUCUCUUGUUGCGAUUUUUUUUUUUUUUUCCAUCUAAAGUGGAUUUGCUCACAAUUUACGGCUGUUUUAAAAGAUGGAGUGCUACUACAGUCGGGCCACCCUGUGUGUGUGAGAGAGAGACAGAGAGAGAGAGAGAGAGAGAGAGUGUGUGUGUGUUUGUAUGGACAA